CCCUUCCUUUACCACUCACUCAGAAAUUCAGAAUAGUAAUUUUCUAUUUCCUAACUACUAUUUCCCAAUUCUUGUUCGGAUUUUCGCUAUAUAAAUAGAACCCCUAAACCACACCCUUCCCUUGCCACUCACUCUCUCUAUCUCUCUUUUUCAAACUCAAAACAAUGGCACCGCCACUCUGCAUGCUUAUCUUCCUCUUGUUCUUCUCGUUCCCUUUCUCAUCCUCCUUCAUACUCAACAACAACCACUCUCUUUCUUUUCCUCUUACACUAACAGAGACACCUCUCGUCAAACAUGUAUCUAAUUCCAUCAACAAGAACCAAAGACUCAGGAUCCUCUCUUCCUACAACGUCAAAUCAUCUUUCAAGUAUUCCAUGGCGCUUGUGGUGUCCCUUCCAAUAGGAACACCACCGCAAAUUCAACAAAUGGUUUUAGACACUGGAAGCCAGCUUUCUUGGAUUCAGUGUAACCCAAAACAGAGGACCAAUAGCAAAACAACAUCGCCACGUCCUCCUACCACGUCGUUUGAUCCUUCUCUCUCUUCUUCUUUUUCUCUUCUACCUUGCACCCACCCAGCCUGCAAGCCGCCAGUUCCCGAUUUUACCCUCCCCACUAGCUGCGACCAGAAUCGCAUCUGUCACUACUCCUACUUCUACGCAGACGGCACCUACGCCGAGGGCAAACUCGUCCGAGAAAAACUCGCCCUCUCAAAUUCCCAAUCUACCCCUCCUUUAAUUCUCGGUUGUGCUCAGGACUCCAAAGACCCCUGGGGCAUUUUGGGAAUGAAUCGCGGACGCUUGUCGUUCCCUUCCCAGGCCCAAGUAACCAAAUUUAGUUACUGCGUCCCGACCCGCCAGGACCGUUCCAGUUCUGUGACCGGGUCGUUUUACCUUGGGGACAACCCGGAUUCUUCACGCUUUCGUUAUGUAGACAUGUUGACUUUUCCUCAAAGUCAAACCAUGCCGAACCUGGACCCCUUGGCUUUCACUGUUCCAAUGCAAGGUAUUCGAAUUGGGGCCACAAAGCUGAACAUUCCUCCUUCGGUUUUCAAGCCCGACGCUGGAGGGUCGGGUCAAACCAUGGUUGACUCGGGAUCCGAGUUAACUUAUCUAGUGGACGCGGCUUACAAUAGGGUGCGUGAGGAAGUGGUGAGGCUAGUGGGUCCCAGAAUCAAGAAGGGGUACGUGUACGGCAAUGCUGCGGACAUGUGUUUCGAUGGAAACGCCGUUGAGAUUGGACGGUUGAUAGGGGACAUGGCAUUUGAGUUCGAGAAGGGAGUGGAGAUUGUCAUACCCAAAGAAAGGGUUCUUGCUGACGUGGGCGGUGGGGUCCACUGUUUGGGGAUUGGGAGGUCCGAGAGAUUGGGUGCGGCAAGUAACAUAAUAGGAAAUAUCCAUCAACAAAAUCAAUGGGUAGAAUUUGAUCUUGCAAAUCAUAGACUUGGUUUCGGUGAAGCAGAUUGUGCAAGAUUACCCAAGUGAUGGAGAUACAGUGGGCAAUGGUGCAUGUAAUUAUGUAACUAACUAUAUUCGUUGGGACAUAGGACACAUAGGUGUCGUGUUUUUUCGGCUGUUACUGUACAGAGGAAACAUACACGUGUGAUCGUGAUGAUCAUGGUGGUUGUAAAUCGUACGGCUGAGGAAGGUCGAAGGAAAAAGAAAUGUGGGUGUUAACUGUUUGUGUGCUUGGAUUGGAUAUUGUACAAGUAAACGUCAAUCGUUUUGGACCGACGCUAUGCUGUGGGUCUUCACUUCCCUUGCUCUUAGGCCUUUGCAAAGACGAUGCGUCAAAGCUCAAUAAUAAAAUAGUGUACAUUAUUACCACUAUAAUCUAUGAGUGAGACUCAUGACAUGAUGUAUAUAUCAGAAAUAGGAGGGUAUAUCAAUAUCAAUAAUAUAAUAAUAUGUGUGACAUUAUAAUAAUAAUAAUAUAAUACUUCUUUGAAAAUAA